AUGGACGUUCCCAAAGACAGCAUCGCACUUGAUGGAGAUGAGAUUCGGCGCAAGCGUAAUCGGGAUUCGCAAAGGCACUUUCGCGAACCGAGGAAUCGUUACGUAAAAGAGCUCGAAGAAAGAAUUGCGACUUUCUCGAAAAGCGAUUCAGAACGAAACGCCAAAUUGCUAGCUGAGAACAACUACCUUCGCAACUCGUUGUCUCGUGCAAGAGUCCAUAGCCUCACCCUCAAAUCUGUUCUCAGCGAACUUCUGAAAUCUAUGAACGAAGAGCCAUGCCCUGGCAUUACGAGCAGUCUGAACUGUCGCUUACAACGCCACAUCCUUGUGUGA